GUUGAACUGAGUUUUGGGAAAAUGAAUUUCAUGUUUAGAUUGAGUCGGAGCAAAGUGUUAACCUGAUCCAACACACCUCGGUUCGACCCUUAGUUGUAAGUAAAAGUGAAAUUGAUAUGUGCCAUAGGUUGUGUUGGUAGCUCAAGUCCGGUAGGUGUCUCACAAUUAUUUAGUAGAACUUUAUAAUUUUAUUAUUCCUAUUGUAAGAUUGUUAAAUUUCUACAUGGGUAAGGUUACAGUUGUGUUUAAUUGACUGGAAAUGAAUGUAUUAAAACAAUCACAUAUAAUGAUUGUGUAAAAGAUAAGUCAUCCAUAAUCAAUGAAAUCACUAUAUAUCUCAUGGUAUGAGUAAUUGUGAGUGUGAUGCUCUUUUUCUUGUCAAGCUAAUUCUUUCUUAAAUGAUUUUUUUCACAACGAAUGUUUCAUGAAUUUGUAGAUCCUAUGAUCAUUAGCAAGGAGAUGGGGGAUCUGGGAAAGAAAAUGGCUAAACGUUGUGAUGGGUUGCCCUUGGCAAUUGUUGUGCUUGGAGGAGUUUUGGCCACAAAACCCACAUUUUCUGAGUGGAAAAUGGUUGAUACAAAUAUUAGGUCAUACUUGAGCAGAGGCGAUGAUCAUUCUAAGAAACAAUGUAGUGGAGUUUCACGUGUGCUAGAUUUAAGCUACCAAGAUUUGCCAUACCAUUUAAAACUAUGUUUCAUCUAUUUGGCUCAUUUCCCUGAGGAUCAUGAAAUACCAGUAAAUACUUUGGUUCAAAUGUGGAUGGCUGAAGGAAUCAUAGCAGGACUGCCUGACAAUGAAGAGACAUUGGAGGAUGUUGGACAAUGGUAUCUAGGCGAGCUAGUUGGGAGGUGUAUGGUUCAAGUAGGAGCAACAAGUUCAAAUGGAAUGGUCAAAACUUGCCGCCUUCAUGACCUGAUGCGAGAUUUAGGCUUGUCAAAGGCAAGAGAAAAUUUUUUUGAGACAUUCCAUUGGCAAGUGGAAACCAAUCCAUCUUCUACUUCAAAGAAAGUCCGAAGAGGUGUCAUAUAUUUGGAUCCAGGUGCUAAAACAUCGAGUCCUAUGCAGGUCCCAGAUAAUGCUAGAAACCUUCGAUCUCUUCUAACAUUCUGUUAUGCACCAAAUGCAGUCCACAUGAUGCCAAGGAAGUUGGACUUGAAGGACUUCAAAUUAUUAAGAGUGUUACAUCUUGAGAGACUUUUGUUGGAUGAAAAAUUGGUAAGAGCAAUACGCUACCUCAUUCACUUGAGGUACUUAAGUUUUAAAAAUGCUCGGCUGUCAUGCAUCCGUUCAUCCAUAGGAAAUUUGGGGUCCAUGCAGACGCUGGAUUUACGGUUUGAUAAUCAUGUAACUGGUUUUAAAAUACAUGAUGUGUUAUCAAGGAUGAAGUGGCUAAGACAUCUUUACCUUCCUAGAUUUAUUACGACUGAUGAUAAGGUGCUGUGGGACAGUUUGAGCAACUUGGAGACCCUAAAAAACUUUGAUGCAGAACGUUGGGCUGUACGAGAUUUGGCCACAUUGACCAAGCUUCGGAAAUUGAAAAUGAUGAAUGUCAAAAGCUUUCAAGAGUUGGAGGUGAUCCUCAAAGAUUGCAACGGCCUUCAUUCCUUGAGUUUUGACGAGGCAAUUCAGACCACAAUAGAAGAAACAGAUCUAAAGCAAUUGUCGACAUGCCGACAUCUUUAUAAACUGAAGCUGCCAGGACAAAUAAGCAGCUUGCCUGGACACCAGCACCUCCCCCAAAGCCUCACCAAGUUAGUCUUGAGGACUUCUCGACUAGCACAAGAUCCGAUGCCAAUCCUAGAGAGACUUCCUAACUUGACAGUCCUACACUUAUUGGUUAAUGCGUACGUCGGGGAAGAAAUGGUUUUCUCUACAGAUGGGUUCCCAAAGCUUAAAAAUUUAAUUCUUGGCUUCAUCCACAAUUUAAAGAAGUUGAGGGUGGAAGAAGGUGCAAUGCCUAGUCUUAAGGGUUUAAAAAUUGCAAGCUGCAGUAAUUUGGAAAUGAUCCCUGAAGGGUUGAGGUAUAUCACUACCCUUGACGUAUUGGAGAUUAAAUAUAUGCCCGAAUUCGAAGAGAGACUUAAAGUGAUAAAUGGAAAUGAAGGGGAGGAUUUCUACAAAGUUAAGCAUGUGCCUUCCAUCUCAUUCUUUCCAUGAUGAAGCGUUUGGUCCUCCAAGACAAGCGGCAAUCUUCGAAGACAAACUUGCUCAUGGACUCCAUCAAGGGGCUGGGUUAUGAAGAAGAAAUGCUGAAUGGGAGUUGCUGUACUUGUGAGUAUCCAUACUAAUUGGAAUAUUGGUGUAGUCCUAUCCAACUUUUACUGGCUCAUGUUAUACAUCCUAAUUGCUGGCUCCCUUACUAUUUUAUCAAGUAGAAUAAGUGUGGCACUAGAUUCUGUGAUCUCAAGACAAUGUUCCUGUGAUCUUUUUUUCCUUUGUAAUUGGUGUGUUGAGCUUGCUUGUGACUAAUAAAUCUGGGAUUGGUUUUCUAUUGGUCCUAUUGUGCCUUUUUGUUAUUGUCUGUAUUUUUUUUGGCUUUCAGAACUGUGGGCUUUGGCUUUUUGUUGUCAUGUUGUGCGGAAGAAAAUUGGAUAUUUCAAUAAUAUCUCCCCUUGUUUCUUUGUUCUUUUAA